AUGUCUUUUCCUAUGACUAACAACGAGUUAGACAUAAUUAGAGAAAUAUCGUCUAAGUUAGCUGAUUUUGAUCCCGAAAAUCUUAAUUUUAUUAGUUAUUUUCGUUCAAUUUUAUCAACCAACAGUGAUUUGCUUGACUUUUUCAUUCAAAAGAUCAAGCUUCUUAAAAGUUCGUCUAAGCUAUCUCAAUUGCGAACAUUUGAUUGGAAUAUCAUCGAAAUAGCAAGCCGUUCCAACAAUUUAUUGACUUUAAGAGACUAUGCUGAUUGUUUUUACAGAUUAAAUGAAAAGCUAGAUCAGUUUCCAUCACUAAAUUAUGAUGUUGACGAUGCAGAUAUUUUUAUAAAUUUAUUAGAAGCAGAAAAUCUUGGUGAAUACUUCAACGCAUGGUGCUCUUUAAAGCAAAAAUACGAUAACAUCUUUGAAAAUGGCUGUUUUAUGCAUGAAAUUGCUAAAAUGGCAAAAGAAUUGAUUGAAGAAGCCAAUUUUUCAUUUACAUUUCAUAAUAUUGAAAAUCCUUUGAUAGAAAAGAAACCUUUAGAGGUAUUACUCAUUACGAAAGAAGGAAAAAUAAUUGAAAUUCGAGGAAUCGACGAAAACGAGAUUUAUACGACUACCAAUGAUGAAAAUGAAAUCACAGAUCGAAUUCUAUUUGAUUUACUUAACAAAUACUAUCAAAAAUACUUAAAUCGAAAUUCGAAUUUUAUUUCUCUCACAAAAACCGAACCUUUUUCAAUUUUCAAGGAAAAUGCAGAUACACUUGUUUAUUUAAGUUUAUGCUCUACGCGCAGUUUAUCAACAGAAAGGUUUUCUACACUAUUUUUAUCUUCAUUUAAGUUUUUACAGUUAAAUCUUGAUCCACAGACCCAGAAAUGUUUCAGAUUCAUCUUUUAUAUUAAUGAUCUCUACAAAAUACUAGAAAAAGAACAAACUUUCAACCCAGAUAUUUUAUAUAAAAAUUUAAUUGCCAAAAAAGACUAUGAAAGCAUGUUUAAGAUAUCAGAUAUCUUCAUGAUUGAUGAUGAGUAUCUCGGGAACUUCAUAAAUGGUCUGAAAUUCAAGAUUAAUCAGAUAAUUUUUACAAAUCAGAAAUUAAUUGUCCAAAAACUUCUAAAUGUUACAAAAGAUGACAUUUCAUAUGACUUUGUCAAGUUUUUAAUUGAUUCCAAGCUAGUUUCCGAAGAAAUUCCAUUAAAUAUUCUUGAAAAAAUGUUAAUUUACAGAGAUUCGUAUAUAAACUACCAUUUGAACAAAAGGACACAUGAUUUCCACUUCGAGAAUGCCAUUUACACUUACGAGGACAGCAAGAACUAUGAAUGGCUCUUGAUUAUGAUGAGAUAUUCCCAAAUCAAAGGAGUUUGCAAAGAAAUUGAGAAAAAUCAAGAUUUAUUGAUGUUGCAUUUUCUUUUUACGAAAUAUCCAAUGAUAAAAAACAUGGCGAAAGAGAUUGUCGUUAACAAAAACCAGAAAAUGUUUGAGUUAAUGAAAAUAAUGAUUGAUGAUGAUUUUUACAAACAAUUUUGUAAAUAUCCCUAUAUUUUGUCACAUCAAUUCACGGCAACAAUAAUAAAUCAAUUUGAAAAUAAUUUGAAGUUCAUUACUUCGUCGUGUAUCAAAGAUGUCGAAGAAAUUAUGAAUGAUUGCUAUCAAGAGAACUUCGAAUUUAUCUUUCCACCUCCUAAUAUACAGUUGUUUAAGAAAUAUUUGUAUAUUUAUACUCCUUUCGUCAAAAAUUUGCCGGAAUAUGAAAAAUUUUCACCGGCACAAAAAACAAAUUUUGUGGAUUUCGCAGAUAAAAUCUCUGAAAUGGGAAAUAACGAAUAUGAUUACUUCAAAGAGAAAAAGAAAAUAAGAGAUCUCGCUGUAAAUAUCGAAGCUGGAAAAACGGCCGAUUUCAAUGUAAAUCCAAAUGAAAUUUUGAAAAUGCCGUUGUAUCAAUAUUUGCAAAAAACCGAUGUAAAUACUGUAAAAAGUUUACAACGGUUAUUGUCAAAGAAUUUGACGAUAGGAACGGUUGCUUCUUAUCUUGUUUUGAACCUAACAAAAAUACAGCCAAAGAAAGGAAUUGACAAAGAAAAGCAGCUUUAUUUAUUGGAUAAAAUAAGAGAUAAUUUUAAUUCUAUAGCUCCGGAAGAAGAAUUCAUGUAUUCUUUGUUUUUCGCAACAACAGAUGCUGAAAUUGACCAAAAUUAUACAGAAUUAAAUAAGUUCUUUUGGACAACUACAGCUAAGAAUGUUGAAAAACCUUUGGAAGAAUACAAAAAAUGGAUUGAUUUCGCAUUCGCUUUGACAAAACAAAAAGUUUCUUCUGAUGCUGAUUAUUUCUCUUCAAAAGACAAAUUCUUGGAGAAUUUAUUCGAUCUGAGAUUAAUCAAUAAUCUGUUAGACUACAAGUUUGAUGAAAAUGAUGAUAACAAAUUCGUCAAACUCUUUAUUAGUUUACAAAAAGACAUAAGUGAAGUGAAAAACCGUUUGCCAAAAACACUUUGUGAAAAACUUGCAAGAAAAUUUGAUUUGACAAAAGAGAAUCCAUAUACUUACUUUGUUGAAAAAGGCUUGAUAAAAGAAGAUUUGGAUCAUUGUUGGUUAUUAAACAAAUUCAUCAAUCAAACACAUAAAAAAGUCAAGUUGUUGAGAUUGAAAGAAACAUUGAUCCCUUUAAGCGAAGACGGCCGUUACUUUGUUGAUGAUUUUUACGAUUUAAAUAACGAUAUAAAAGAUAUCGAUUAUUACGGUUACGACGGUUACGGUUUUGCCGUUUUUAAUGCGAAGUAUUCUGUUGAAAAAUAUUUAGUUGAUGAAGCGAAGAAAUAUAAUAUUUCUGCAUUGAUGAUUUUAUCAAAAAGAAAAGAUUUGAAAAUGGAUUUCGAAAAAGUAAUGAAAGAUGAUUUUGAAUUUUUAGACGAUUAUUUGUCAGAUCUCGAAAACUUUUAUUAUACAAUUUGUUCUAAAGAAAACCAAGAUUGGUUAACAAUGAGACCGAUGUCAAUAUUAUGGUCCAAUAUCUAUAAUGCUUACAAGAAGAUAACAAGUGGAUAUUUAAGGAUGUAUGACCAUAUUAUUGGAAAUUGCAUGGUUGUUAAUUGUUUCUUGAAUUUGUUUAGAUUCGAUCUCAAAAAAUUCAAGAAAUUCAGUCAUUUGUAUUUCGAUUUUGUUGAUGAGAAAUUUGGUAAUCAAGAAUUUGAGAAUUUCGAUGAUUUCUUCAGCAAAUUAACAAAUGAAGCAAAAACAAAUCAAGAUAAAGAGAAAAUUGUUAAGUUUAGAACGAUGAUUAACCAGAAAACAACAAAUAAAUUCCAAAGCUGUGAUUUCAGUAAUUUCCAAUAUCAUCCUUUCUUGACAUACAUCAGAAGCAGAUUGCCAAUGAUCGGUGAAUACAUUAGAACAAGUAUUUUCCCAAUGAAUAUGAUUGAAUUCGGUUUAGGAAUGUCUCAAUUAUUUGAAAAUUUGGACAUGGAUGAUAAAACAUGUCAAUUUUUGAGAGAUCACAAACAAGAUUUCAUCAAAUUCGCUUUGUCAAUGAAAUACGAUUGUUCCACAGAAUUGUUUGCUGUUAUUAUAGGAACAAUAUUUGGAAAAGGUGUCUGCGAAGAGAAAUUAUAUGAAGCAACUUAUUAUAUAACACAUGUUGCAAGGGAAAUCAUCAAAAAGAAACCAACAGAAUUGAUGCCUUUCCUUUAUUUAUGCAAGGAUUUGUUGAAAGAAAUGAGCAAAGUUAAGAACUAUCAUUUCAAUAAACUCGGUCAAUCAAUAAAUGACAUUAAAUCUGCUUUGACUUUGAUUGAUUUCAAUUUCAAAGAUUAUGAUUUGACUUAUUCCCAAAUAUUUAUUGAUUUGCAGAAUAUUUUGAUAAAAAGAUUCGCUAAUAAUGAUGAAUUCAUUGACUUAAAGAUGCAGAAAAUCAUAACGCAGAAGUUGGAAAAUUACGAGAUUUUGCAGUAUUUCUAUGACAAUGAUAAAUUUAUGGAAACUGAUAGACUUCAGAAAUUAAUUUUCCUCUCAAAUUUGAGUGACACAAAAAUUAAAAGAGUUUAUCAGAUAAACCAUGAAGAAUUUGAAAGGAACUUCGAAAUGAAAGAUGACCAUAAAUAUGAUUAUUUGUCAUCAUUAGUCAAAUAUUCAUUUAUUGUCAGUUUACUUGGCAACAAAAAAGUCAAAACCGUUUCUCCUGAAUCAUUUUAUUACGUUGACAAGUAUUUCCCUGAUUACAAGAAUUUGUUUUAUGAUAUUUACUUCGGAAAAUCGAAAUCUGCUUGGAAUGAUGCUUACGAAAAGAUAAGAACAGAAGUUUAUCUUGGUUUUGUUUCUAGACCUGAUUUGUUGAUAAAUGACAAUUUGAUUGAUGAAUUAAAUCAUUUGGCAUCAAUUAAAAACAAUUUGCCUGAAUCAGCAUUCAAGAGUUGCGAGUUUAUAUUGAACCAUGUUCCUUGUAAUGUUCCUAUUUUGAUUCCAGAACAAAAUCCAAUUUAUUUCAUCAAAAUUUUGCCAGAAAUUUUUGACUUUACAAAACCUCUCAAUUUGAAGUCGAUAAAAUUGACAAAAUCUACAAAAUUUGUCAACAUUGCAUUCGAAGUCAAGAGGAUGAUUGGCAAGCCAAAUGAUGAUUUCAAAGUAUUGUUUGAUCUUUGUGAAAAUCUCGACAAACCAUCAGUGAAACGCAUUUUAACAUUUGAUUUGAAUUUGAUGAAAAGUGUUUCAGGAGAUGUCAGAAUCAAGCAAAGACAAUUCUUCUCAAGAUACGAAGAUCUCAAAUCAGAACUUGAAAAUACAAACGGUUUGACAAGCUGUUUGUUAUCUUAUCGUAUUCUUUUAUGUAAUAAUCCAUACAUGAGUGCAGAAUUUUCCAGGAUCACUGAUAAAAACAUCAGUUUUGAGAACGCGAUGAUAGAAAGUGGUCUUGAAUUAUACAAAGACUUAACAGUACAAGGUGUUUCUUCUAUUUAUGACCAACAGAUUUUCAUUAAUCAUGUUAAGAAAUACGAUCCAUUUUGGUUCUGUAAUUUCUUAGACAAUAGUUUUGACGAAAAAGAGAAAAUUUUCAAUAUUUUGUUUACUGACAAAAAAGAAAAUUUGCCUUCUUCUAUCAUUAUUCAAAUGAUGGAAGAUCAAAUCAAUGUUAACAACUGGAUUCAACCUUUCUCAGUUGUCAUGAACUCUGAAUUACAGGAAGAAUUCACUUGGUUAACAAAAUCAAUUGGAUAUUCACCAGAAACUAAAUAUUUGGAUCAAUACUUGAAUAGAUUUGUUUAUUUAGUUUCUCUUUCUAUUGAUGAAAACGGUUUAAGUUCUCAAAAAGAUUUGACAAAAUACUUUUACGAUUUCAUGUUUGAUUAUUAUCAAAAAGAGAAGCAUUACUAUGAACUAAAACAAGAAUUUACUCAUAGUAUUGUUGAUAAUAAUCAUUUGGAUGAAAGAAUUAAUGAUUUAAUUGUUUUGUCAAAAGAAAGUAUUUACAAAGAACCAAAAAUCAUUGUCAAACAAAAGAAAUACAAUUUCUUGGUCAAAGAUAAGUUUGUUCCUAAAAUUGAUAUAAGAAAUGACAAAAAUGUUGAUACAUUUGCUUAUUUGAUUCCAGGAAUAACAAUUGAUUUGCCAAUUUCUUCUAAAAAUAACGACGGUUUUGUAAAGUUGUCAAUUCCAUUUUCAAGUGAAAUUUCACCAGAAAAUGCGCAAAAGAUUCAUUUGAUUGACAAGAAUGGAAACUAUUACAAUGACGAUGAUGUUGAAAUUGACAACAAAAACAUGAAAUUGAACUUGAAAUUAGAAUUGGAUUCAAAUCCUUAUGAUUCUUAUUUCUUAGUUUUCGAUGGUAAUGAAAAAUAUUUGAAUAUUAAUACACAACAAAUCAAGACAAAACCUUUUGUUUUGGUUACUUCUCCUGGAAAUAAGUUUUAUUAUGACAAACCAUCAAAUACUUUUGUUUUGUCAAAAAUUGCAUCAAAAACUGAAUUCAGUUUGAAUGUCAAAAACUGUUUUAACGAAGAAAUGCCUUAUAAAACUGAAAUGGUUUGUUACGAUGAAAAACCAAUUAAGCUUGAAAGAAAAGGUAAUUUAUUGACUGUUAAUUCUCCUUAUGGUUGUUUGCUUCAAGGAAAUAUUUAUUUCAACAAAAAAGAUAAAAUACAAUUCGCUGUCGAAGAAAAGAAAUUUACUGCUGAAGAUGUCACUUUUCUACUUUACAAUUAUUAUGAGAGAAAAUUUGAUGGCUCUGAUGUAUUGUAUGCCGGAAAUCUUCCAUUUAGACAGUAUAUUUAUUUGAGGGAACCUGACAAACAAUUUGAUGUCAAAUCACCUGAUAACAUUGACAUCAAAAACGUCGGACAAGAAGGACAUUUAGGAUGGUUUGACCUUUCUCUUUAUGAUAAAAUGGAUAGAGCAAUAAUAGUUCAAAUCACAUAUAAUGGUUUCUCAAGAGAUAUUGCUAUUGUGCCUGUAACAACACAGUUUAAGGCAGAUAAACAAUAUCUGACAUUCCAAUUCACAACGAAAAAGAUAAAUGAUAUGAAAUGUUUGUUAUUUGACAGAUCAACACAAAAAGUGACAAAUGUUAAGUCAGGAGACAAAAUUGAUUUGUCAAAUAACUCCGAGAAAACUCUUAUUACUCCUUUCUCUUUUGAUUUCUAUUAUCCAUAUGAAAAGCAUGCAAAUUAUAAUGUUAAUUUCGAAAAUAAUUUUGUUUUCCCAGAACUUGUCAAAAACGUGAAAUAUUUAGUUGUUGAAAACAAGAGACUUAAACUGGUUAAUAAGAACAAAUUGACAAAAGAUAUGAAGUUAAUUUGCGGAAGAUUAUGUGGAGAAAACUAUGCACAAGACAAUGAUAUGAAUUUGUUUGUUUCUUGCUGGUAUCCAGUGACAAAAGAUGUCAAUAGAUUGAUGUCUUAUUUGAAAGAUGUCGAAUUCUCAAACAAAGAAAAAGAAAUUAAUGACAUUUUGAAGUUUUUGAGAGAAACUAAAGUUCAAUAUAAAAACAGUGAAAAUCCUCUCGAUUUCUUAAGGAAUUUAUUAGAGAAUAGAAUCAAGUUUUUAAUUGAAAAUAAUGGAGUAUUGAGAAUGCCAAUGGAAUUCGCUGAAUUAUGCAAAUAUCAGAAAUCUUUGAUCAAAGAAACUCCUGAUUUCUUUAAAUGGUUGGCUGAAAAAUUUGAUAACUUUGAAGAGGUUACUUUUGAAAAGGAUGAGAACGAAUAUUAUGAUUGUUUAAUUCUUUUCAUGAAUGGAAUGAUUCUUAAGAACGAAUCCGAUAUUAAUUUCGCUGAAAGACCGAAAGAAGAAAUCAAAAUUAAUUAUUUGGCUGAUGAUUAUUCUACUUUUGAAAAAUUGAAAGAAAAAUUGGCUGAUUUCAGUCCUAAAAACGAAAAAGAACUCAUCAACAAACUCAACCAGAUGAUCAAAGUCAUAACUUCUUUCCCACAAGUUUUGAGAACUCAAAAAAAUUCUCAAACCGCUUUUGAUGUAUUCAAUUUCUUAGAAACCGUUUACAAUUAUUACAAACAUGAGCAUCCUGUGAAAUCUUUUGUCAUGUUCUAUCCGAAAGUCGAAGAAUUUUGCCACUUCUUUGAACUAUUAAAGGAAUAUUUGUUCGAAGAAAAAACAGAGAAAAGUGACAUAAAAAUUGAAUACGAAGAUGUCACUUUUGAUAGAGAAGAAACAGUUAUUCAAUCGAAUUUGUAUCCUGAAUUCUUCAGACGAAAGAUCUUGAGCAGAGUUAUGAUGCCAUUACCUAAAGAAAGACAGGAAGAAUUCCUUCAAUUUGCAACAGAUUUAAUGUACCAAAUGAAGAAAGACAAAGAAUUUACAAUUUCUGAUUCUUUGUCUGAUGAAAUUAAACGGAAACAAUCAGAACAAGUCGGAAGUUUCGUGAAACAACAGAUAAACACAAGGUUCAUGAACAAACUAAUGAAUGAAACAAUAGACACUGAACCUUCUGUUCCAAAUAAAAUUGAUGUAAAGAAAGAAUUACAAGAAAACAUGUCAAAAACAAGUAAAAAAGAAGAUUCUUUCAAAGAUUUGUUGAAACCAACAAGAUCAACAUCAAUAUCAAGUACUAAAAGAGUUGAGACACAAAUACCUCAGAAGAAACAAAAACCAAAGCCUGUUAAAAAUGAUUGGGCUUCAAUUAGUUUCGAAAAAUUACAGAGUGAACCUAAAAAACAAGAAAAAGUUGAUAAGAAACAAGAACAAAUUACAAAAAGUGACAAGAAAGAAGAAAAAAUUGAAAAAAUUGAAGAGCCAAUUGAGAAAAGUGACACGAAAGAGGAACCCAAGGAUUACAUGGAAUUUAUUGAUGAAGAAUUCCCAUCUCUGACUGGAAAGCCAGUAACUAAUGUCCAACAACCUGUUUUCCAGUAUCAAAUCGAUAUAGAACCUGAACAAAACCAACAGAUUCAGAUUCCACAAUUCGCUCCAAAGCAGAAUCCGGAACCUAUUCAAUCUCCUAAGCUAGAUGUGAUAUUAAAGCAGCCUAGUGCUAAACCUGUUGAAGCCCCUGAAAAACCGGAGAAUAAUUCUUCUAAUUCAGAACAAAAAUCUAUAGAAGAGGAAUAUCCAGCACUCCUAAGUUCAUCAGCACCAAUAACUGCUAAUAUUAAGCCAUCUAAAUGGGAAAAUCUAAAUAAUAUUUCUGAAAAAGUCGAAGAAAAGCCAAAGAAAGUUGUUAACAUCCCUCGAUUUAGUCCAGCAUCACUUCCUCAGGAAGAAAUUAUUAAUAGAAAAGAACUUCCUUCAUUUAUCUCAAAAUCUCAACCACAAAAGGUUGAGACUCGACCAUUCGUAGCUCCAAAGCCUGCUAGUGAACCAAUUCCUGCAAGUGUUCCAUUGAAUGAAGUUGAAAAUGAAGAAAUUCCUGAGCAAAAACCGCAAGAACCAGAGAAACCAAAGGCUAUUGAUAACAAGCAAGCACAGCCACCACAGACUGUGCAAGCAGUUCCAUUUAAUCCUGUACAAAUGCCUUAUAAUUACAAUAAUCAAAAUGUUGGUCAGAUGCAGCCACAGCCUAAUGUAAAUUACUAUCCACAGUUUGCUCCUCAGUAUCCCAAUCCUCAAGAACUUUCUCCUCCUGGAUUUUCAACGAAAUCAACUCCAAUUUCACCUCCAAAUCCAGAACAGAAUGAUCUUGAGGAGCCUCACUAUUACUUCAGACCUAAAUCAGCUCCAAUUAUCCCUAAUCAGCCUCUUAAUCCUAAAUUUACAAGUCCAAAAUCUGAAUCACCACAACCAGCAUCAUUUGAAUCAUUCCCACGAAUAAUUGAUGAUAAUUCACAAACUGUCCAAGGUUUUGGCUCAGUUUUGCAGCCAGAAACUCCGAAAUCAGAAGAAAAUUCAGUUCCUGAGCAGCCAAACCAGAAUUAUCCUCAACAACCACAAAUGCCAGGAUAUCCUAUGCCUCAGCAGCAAAUUCCUGGUUACGUUCCUCAAUAUCCACCAUAUUAUUACCAGCAACCAAUUCCAGGAUACAUUUUAAUGCCUAUUCCAGCACAACAGUUCAUGCAGAUGCAAGGAUUUUUCCCUGAUCAGCAGCAGCAAAUGUUAUUUAUCCAACAACAGCAGAUGAUGAUGGCACAAAUGAUGCAACAGCAUCCACAAAUGUUCCAGCAGCCUUUCAUGCAACCAGCAAUGCCAGGAUAUGUUUACCCGCAACAAUUUGGAUUUAAUCCUCAACAAAAUCCACAACAAUUUGGUUUUGCAGCUGCUCCUAAUCAAAACCCUCAACAACCACAACAAAUGCAGCCACAGCAACAGCAAAUGCCUCAACAAACAGAUAAUUUAGAAGAUGACAAUAACAGUCCAAAGAAAUAUACUAGACGUAGAUAA